CAUAGUUCGAGGAAAAAAAAAAUAACAAGUUUAAUGGAGACGAUGGAGCAACAAAGACAUUCACUCUCUUCUAUGCCUAUGCUCUCUAGGCUUGAUCACUUGGAUUUCGUUAUAAAGAAUUUAGAAAAACAACAAAACCUUCCGAAAUGGAAAGACGAACACGCAUCGAUUACCACACGCGGAUUAAUCGAUAGAGGCACUGCGAUUAGAGAAGCUUACUUCAAAGGAUCGCUAUUAGAUAGAAUAGCGGCUUUAGAGACGAGACUUUUUCAGAUAUGUUUGGAGUUGGAAUCGAGCAGUGCAUCUUCUACUUCAACUGGAGGGUCCGGUGAAACAUCAAGCCAAAGGAUUAAGAGAGAUUUGACAAAGACAUUACCCAUUUUCAGUAGCAACAUUAAUCCUUUUCAUAUCCCCUUGCAACAUCCACAAGACCCUCGGGAAAUGGAAACAAAGAUUGAAGAAGAGAAAGAGGAAGAGAUGAAUAUCGAGAAACCAUUACUGGAGAAGAAGAAUAAGAAGAUAAAGGAUGCUAAUGAAACUUGCAAACCAAAGAAGAAGAAGACAAAAUCUCCCAAGAAAUGGUCUCGAUUUAACUUAUUGGGAUGCUAGAUUCAUUUUUUUGUUUAAUGUUUGGACUAUGCAGUAUUUCAUGUUUCGUUUAAACCUAAGUUUUCCUUCGUAACAAAUCUGCGAUAUUUUAUCCGUCAAAUUUAGGACUACUCAUUUUU